CUGUAAACCUACUUGUACCCGUCUCUGUAAUCAGAUUAUAAAAUGUUUAUCAUUUUGAAAGCAUUGGAAUAAUGGUUGCCCUUUCCCGGGAAGAAAGCAGAUUUUUAUGACUUAAAACUUUAGCUUAAUAAAAGAAAUGAAUGAUCCAGCCAUUAAUCAGUCUUUCCAAAGAAACCAACUGCCUUUGAAGUCAUUCUGGGGAAUCUGCUGAAAUGGGUACUUUAUGUAAACACAACAAUGUAGUGACCAAUCACUGUCUUCGUGGGACUAGAAGACGAAACACACGGGGGACACUUCUCAAUUCAUGCCGGGCACAAAAAUCUUUUACUGUAUUUUUCUUGGUUGCUAAUAUGCUUAAUUUGAAAACUUACCUGUCUUUUGUACAAUUCUUAGCACUGCAGACAGGUCUGGCUUUUUUCCUUCCUCCUUAAAAUAAAAAGUUCCAGUCCAAACCGUCAGCCUCUGUAGGUUGUCUUAAUUGCUACUUUGCACUACACUGGACUAUGACUCUGAUUUUUGGCACAUGCUGUCAUACACAAAGUUCCUAAAAUAAAAUGCUCCAGGAUAUCCCAGGAACUCUUAGAAGGCUUUAAAAAGGAACUUGCUCACUGAAAGAAUAUCUUUGAUGAAGACAAUUCAGGCAAGCAGAAUGAUUAUUGCAAAAAGAAUUACGUGAUUCCUUGCGAUCUGAAGUGGGUCCGGAGAAUCCUUGCCACCUAACUUAUCACGGUCAGGGGGCAUUUGAUGAGAAUCCAGUUUUGAUAAAGACAAUUGUUCUUUCCUCCCCAAGUGACUAUACAUUUAAAUAGCUAAAACAUCUGUUCAGCAACACAGUAAAACAUGUACACCCGGAACGCCUGAGAGAAGAGCCUGCCAAACAAUCGUUUGAGAGGGACUUUGCUGGGGGGGAGCACACCAAGAUAAAGCAACCAGUGUUUGUUUUGUCUGGUCAGGGGGAAAGCCAAGGCAACCAAUAUUUUGGGUUUCUUUUACUUCAUUUGUGAAGAACUAUUUGAGAAGGGGCGGCGAGGGGAUAUUUCCUGAUGGGACUUUUUAAAGCUGCCCAUUAGUAGAAGAGCAAGAGUACUUUGGAUGUCAACACCUAACAGAUUCUUGAGACCAGCCAACAAACCACAAACAGUGACUCUUUUCUGGCGUGGCCUCCGCAUCCUUCCCGAUGGAAGCAGAAACGGGGAGCAGCAUGGAGACUGGGAAGGUGGCCAACAGAGGCACUCGAAUUGCCCUGGUGGUGUUCAUCGGUAGCACCCUGGUGCUGGGCACCGUCCUCUUUCUAGUGAGUCAAGGUUUCUUAAGUCUCCAAGCUAAACAGGAGUACUGCCUGAAGCCAGAAUGCAUCGAAGCUGCUGCUGCCAUCUUGAGUAAAGUAAAUCCGUCUGUGGACCCUUGUGAUAAUUUUUUCCGGUUUGCUUGUGAUGGCUGGAUAAACAGUAAUCCAAUUCCUGAAGAUAUGCCAAGCUAUGGGGUUUAUCCUUGGCUGAGACAUAAUGUCGACCUCAAGUUGAAGGCACUUUUGGAGAAAUCGAUCAGUAGAAGGCGGGACAUCGAAGCCAUCCAGAAAGCCAAAGUCCUUUAUUCAUCUUGCAUGAAUGAGAAAGCGAUUGAAAAAGCAGAUGCCAAGCCAUUACUACACAUCCUGCGGCAUUCACCUUUUCGCUGGCCUGUGCUCGAGUCUAAUAUUGGUCCGGAAGGGGUUUGGUCAGAGAGAAAGUUCAGCCUUCUGCACACACUUGCAACGUUUCGUGGUCAAUACAGCAAUUCUGUGUUCAUCCGUUUGUAUGUGUCCCCCGAUGACAAGGCAUCCAAUGAACACAUCUUGAAGCUGGACCAAGCAACGCUCUCCCUAGCUGUGAGGGAAGACUACCUUGAUAACAGCACAGAAGCCAAGUCUUAUCGGGAUGCCCUUUACAAGUUCAUGGUGGAUACUGCCGUACUUUUGGGAGCUAAUAGCUCCCGAGCAGAGCAUGACAUGAAGUCGGUGCUUAGAUUAGAAAUUAAGAUAGCCGAGAUAAUGAUUCCACAUGAAAACCGAACCAGUGAAGCGAUGUACAACAAAAUGAACAUUUCCCAACUGAGUGCUAUGAUUCCCCAGUUUGACUGGCUCGGCUACAUCAAGAAGGUCAUCGAUGUCAGACUCUACCCUGACCUCAAAGACAUCAGCCCCUCAGAGAAUGUGGUUGUCCGCGUCCCGCAGUACUUUAAGGACCUGUUUAGGAUAUUAGGCUCUGAGAGGAAGAAGACUGUUGCCAACUAUUUGGUGUGGAGGAUGGUUUAUUCCAGAAUUCCAAACCUUAGCAGGCGCUUUCAGUAUAGGUGGCUGGAAUUCUCAAGGGUAAUCCAGGGGACCACAACUUUGUUGCCUCAGUGGGACAAAUGUGUAAACUUCAUCGAAAGCGCCCUCCCUUAUGUUGCUGGAAAAAUGUUUGUGGAUGUGCACUUCCAGGAAGAUAAGAAGGAGAUGAUGGAAGAAUUGAUUGAGGGUGUUCGCUGGGCCUUCAUUGACAUGCUGGAGAAAGAAAAUGAGUGGAUGGAUGCAGGGACCAAAAGGAAAGCUAAAGAAAAGGCAAGAGCUGUUUUGGCAAAAGUUGGCUAUCCUGAGUUUAUAAUGAAUGAUACUCAUGUUAAUGAAGACCUCAAAGCUAUCAAGUUUUCAGAAUCGGACUACUUUGGCAAUGUCCUGCAAACCCGCAAGUAUUUAGCACAGUCUGAUUUCUUCUGGCUGAGAAAAGCUGUUCCAAAAACAGAGUGGUUUACAAAUCCAACGACUGUCAAUGCCUUCUAUAGUGCAUCCACCAACCAGAUCCGAUUUCCAGCAGGAGAGCUCCAGAAGCCUUUCUUUUGGGGAACAGAAUAUCCUCGAUCUCUGAGUUAUGGUGCUAUAGGAGUAAUUGUUGGACACGAAUUUACACAUGGGUUUGAUAAUAAUGGUAGAAAAUAUGAUAAAAAUGGAAACCUGGAUCCUUGGUGGUCUCUUGACUCAGAAGAAAAGUUUAAGGAAAAAACAAAGUGCAUGGUAAACCAGUAUAGCAACUAUUACUGGAAGAAAGCUGGCCUACAUGUGAAGGGGAAGAGGACCCUGGGAGAAAAUAUUGCUGACAAUGGAGGUCUGCGGGAAGCUUUUAGGGCUUACAGGAAAUGGAUAAAUGACAAGAGGCAGGGAGUUGAGGAGCCUCUUCUACCAGGUAUCACAUUCACCAACAACCAGCUCUUCUUCCUGAGUUAUGCUCAUGUAAGGUGCAAUUCCUACAGACCAGAAGCUGCCCGAGAACAAGUUCAAAUUGGUGCUCACAGUCCACCUGAGUUUAGGGUCAAUGGUGCAAUUAGCAACUUUGAAGAAUUCCAGAAAGCUUUUAACUGUCCCUCCAAUUCCACGAUGAACAGAGGCGUGGACUCUUGCCGACUCUGGUAGCUGGACUGCUGGUUCGUGCCAUCCCGAGAGAGCUGUACAGUGCCAGCAGAGGCCGCACUGGGCAUGUAACGCCUGCUUCCUUUAGGCCUAUAUUCCCCGGAGGACUUUUAUUUUUAAUGCAUCUUCAUUAUUUUGGUGCUGCUUGGAUUUAAACAGUAUCUUUGUAAAGUUGUAAGGCUUAAAAAAGUGAAAUACAAGAAGUGAACGAAGUAUAUUUCUUUAGAAAACCAACCCGACAAAAAUAAAUCCCUGGGAUAUUUAGUUUUGUUAAAACGCUAUCUGCUAAAUUGUUGUCAUUGACCAUUUUAGUGCGUAAGCCAAAGCUAAAUGGUACAUAGCAUUUUAAUGUAUAGCUUUGCAGGGUCCUAAGUAGAAUGUACCCAGAAAAAUUUCAGUCUAUUAACUGUUAACCCUCAAUGAUGAGGACAUGUGCGUGGAUACCUGUGAGGCCUUCCUGUUCUGUGAAACGCGGUACUAGAUUUUAUGUAUUGUUGCUAUACAGCAUUUAUUAAAUCUAAGGCAGUUAAAUUUGAAAUAUGUUGUAUCUUCAUUUUACAAAUUUUUUAUUGAAGUUUUUGCCUUUAGCUUUAGAUUCUAUUGGGAUGAAAAUGGCCUCACGGCUUAUAUCUAAUGUAGCCAAUUGUCCUAUUCAAAUAAGCUUGAACAAAGCCAAGAUUAAGACGACUUGGUAAAGGACUUGAGUUUAUCAAACAGAAAAAAAAAAAAAGAAAGGAUACAUCUACAAGUCCUAGAAGAAGUCAAAACUCUUAGUCAUGUAACAGCAUGGACACCAGGAUAUGAAAUGUACAAAAUUUGAUGUCAUCUGCCCGAACCUCAGUGAUUACAUCUGUCUGCCAGACAUGUUUCUUUAGCCCGAUUUCUGUUUUUCUUGUUACCCUCCUAUAUGUGCAUUUUCCUGUUUCUAAAACUAGUAGGCACCAAGCAAAUGGUUUUCUGAUUUCCCGUUUGGCACAACAGGUUUCAUUCCAUUUUAGUGCAAAGGGCCAGGCCACACUGAGGAGGACACGAAGUGCCCUGCUGUUUGGGCACAGUUAAUGUUCCUUCUCUUUUAAAAAAAGCUUUUUGAAAAUUUGUUUGAUUGAAGACAUUUUAGAAUCUAUUGAUUAAAUGUCAAAUUCUCUACAUAGUUCAAAGGAACAAUUUUUACUCUUCCAGUCUGCUUCUAAAGAGACUGUAAGAAAGAGCAGUACCAUGGUUUUGAUCUGCAGAGCUUCAUCCUUUCAAGUGAACUCCUCCAACUCUUACUAGUGGGUGUAUGUGCGUGUGCACAUUCGGGCAGGAUACGAUCAAAAUGGCCUUAAAGUGGUUACCUGGCAUUUCCGGUUUCUUAUAAUAGCCAAGCCCCUUUAUAUUAUUCAUUGUGUAUGUGGUUCUGGAUUAAGUGGGCCAAUAGGCAAAUGUCAAAAGCAAAAUGACAAAUUCUGACUAACCAUAGGAAGUCAUUUUGCAUCCCUGUGAUUUGUCAUCCUUUUUUUUUUAAAUAUGUUUGUGCCACAUCCUUUUGUAACCAUGGGAACUUCUAAAGGGAGAAAAAUGCAGGGCACCAUCGUGAGGAAAAUGACUAUACUGCGUUAGUCAAAGGAGAAUGAUUUUCCCUUGACUUCUUCCUCUCCAAAUGGAUAAACUUCUGAAAGGCAGCUAUAUUUUCCUCCUUUUAACCAGAGUUUAAGAAUGACCUUAAUUUGUAAUUUUUUAAAACAAGCAUUAUUAGGUUAGGGGUUCUGGAAGCGUAUAUGCCUUUUCUCUGGAAAAAUCAUUCUCAUGUGUUUUUAACACACAAGAUACUCCUUGUUUUAUUCCUGCAUUCGGACAUUGAAAAUCAGCUGAGGUUUGUUAUGCUUACAUGCAAAGCACUUUCCUUCUAGAUUUGUGUUUUUUUUAAACUCCAAAUAAACCUAUUCCUGCAAAUCAGAGGAAGUGUUUGAUGAAAGUGUAGAAUUAUGACUUUAAAAAUGGGAAUUGUUCAGUCACUUGUUGGUUUAGGAAAAUUGGUUGGUGAUCACUUGGGGCCCUCAAAGUUUCUAAAUGAUGAGGCUACCUUGUCAUGAUUAACUUUACCUGAUAUAAUUCAGUUAUACUUCCAGUUAUAGAAAAGGUGGCCAUUAUUAAAACAAAGUGAAACCAAAGCAUUAAUAAAAAACCACGACUAGCUAGAACAAUUUUACUAGUAGGAUUGUGCUAAUGUAUGCUCAUGUUGAAGUUUUCAGAUUAUACUCUUAUCCCUUUUCUUUAAUACAGAUUGCUAAAAGAAGCAGAUACUGAUUAAGUGGUAGAGCGAAGAAGGCAAAACGCAACCAGACAGGAAGGAAAGAAGUAGGGAGAAGCUGGCCUCAGAAUGUGAUUCUGAAGAGAAGACAAGAUUUUGGCAGUCCUUGCUAAGCACAUCCACUGGAGGAGAGCCAUAAAGUUUUACAAAAAUAAUUAUGGUAAAUUAAAAGGAAAUUAGACAUUGGAUCUCAGGCUAGGACUGUCAUACCACACAUCUCUGAUUCAUAUACCAGAUGUUCUGCCAGUGAACUCUUAUCUGGGCAUUGGAAAGCAUUAGCUUUUUGUAAAAUUCUCCUGGAUUAGUCAAGGAUUUUAUGUACAUAAAGUGGUAUCGUUUGGACUUAUCACUAUUGCCCAAAGUUAGUUGAGCUUUUCACCACACAGCAUUGGCCUCCAAUUUCCAUUUUUUCCUUUUAUGAGAUGGACUUGGACAGGAUUAAUGCAACUCAAGAUUCAUAAAUUAUCCUGAAGUUUAUUCAGUUCCUUUCCUCAAUGGAGCUUAAAGUGGAGCACAUGAAUUUUAUCUUAUUUAGCCCUGGAGCAUUGCUAAGAAGUAGGAGCGAUGGCUUGCCAUACAGGUUAUGCUCGUGCCAGAGGAAUAGAGGGGUUUGAAAUCACUUGUCAGGCAUCCCAGAGCCAAGAAGAUCAGAGUUUGUGUUGGGCUGCUGACCUUGGCAUGAACCUUCAUCCCUUAGAUUAUGUGUCUCUAAAUACAUUUAUUCCAUCAGUAUUUCUAUAAUCUCAGAAUUUGAUAAGCUUCUUCCUUGGUAUUUUUAGCAUAAUAUCUCAGUUACAUAUUAAAUUAUAGAAAAAUAUAUGGUUAUGUCAUGCAGCAACGUUCUCAUUGCCAGUGGUGGUGUCACCCUGGUUUAAAGAGAGGUGAUCUUGUGUUAUGCAUUAUACAUCUGGAGGGUCAUUGUAUUUUCUUCCCCUGCUUGUGAAACAGUAUGAACAAUCAC